AUGUAUCAUGGCCAGAGAGAUAAUCGUAUUGUUGGAGGUGAAGAGGCUGAUAUUUCGGACUAUGGUUGGCAAGUUUCUUUGCAAGCAAAUGGUGCACAUUAUUGUGGAGGAUCAAUAAUAAGUCCGGAAUGGGUCCUUACAGCAGGACAUUGUAUUCUCACUAUGUUUUGUGCUGGUGUACCAGAAGGCGGUAAAGACUCCUGUCAAGGGGACAGUGGUGGCCCUUUAGUAGAUGAUGCAGGAGUUCUGCACGGUAUCGUCUCGUGGGGUGUUGGCUGUGGCCGUCCAGGAAUUCCAGGAAUAUACACGAGAGUCGACUCAAAAGACGUUAGAGAUUUUAUAAGAUUCCAUACUGGAAUCUAAUAUAUUGAAAUAAUAAUCAUGUAAUCAUCUUAUUU